AACGUGCUCUUGUUAUGUGCAGGUCAACCGGGGUCCUUCUGACACUCUCGAGCUCAUUCUCCAUUUUAGGGUGAGUUGCUACAAAGGACAGAUGAUUUAAGAGACAGGAUGAGACUGUGGACUAUACUCGUCCUCGUCACGGCGCGCACAUCUUCUGUUUGGACCGAAACAUCAAAACCAAAAGGUCCAGGCGGAGACAGCCGCUGUUUCAACCGAGCCUGUAACCCCCGCAUGGGUAACUUGUCCAAGGGUCGUGUGUGGACCACCCGCUCCGUCUGUGGGUCCAACUCCACCGAGUCUUUCUGCUUCUACAAGGAAACGUGCUCGACUGUUAAAUGCGGCAAGUGCAACGCUGCCAUCCCCAGUCUGGCGCACCCUCCCUCCGCCAUGAGCGACUCGUCCUUCCGAAACCCGGACACCUGGUGGCAGUCGGCGGAGGGGGUGAAGGAGGAGACCCUGCAGCUGGACCUGGAGACCGAGUUCCUCUUCACCCACAUCAUCCUGGUGUUUCGGUCCCCGCGACCCGGUGCCAUGACGCUGGAGCGAUCCCAGGACCGAGGACGCACGUGGAAGACACUCAGCUACUUCGCCAAAGACUGUGAGGAGACUUUCGGACUGGACGAGUCGUUUCCAGUGGGAGGGAGCGAGCCAACCUGCUCCUCCAAGUACUCCGGAGCCUUUCCCUGUACUCGAGGGGAGGUGAUCUACCGAGCGCUGCCUCCCUGGCUGUCCAUGGAUCCCUACGGCCCAGCGGCCCGUGACCAGCUGAUGGUCACCAACUUGCGGGUCCGACUGACGCAGCACCAGCAGUGCCCCUGCCAGGCCAAGCAGCCCAGCCCCGACCCUCUCUCCACCCAGCACUUUGCCAUCUACGAUUUCGUUGUCAAGGGGAGUUGUCUUUGCAACGGACAUGCUGACCAGUGCGUUCCAGCCAAGGGCUACCAACCUGUGCAGCACCGGCCUGGAAACAUGGUUCACGGGAAGUGUGUCUGCAGGCACAACACGGCAGGUGACCACUGCGAGCGCUGCGCCCCGCUGUACAACGACCGUCCCUGGAGGGCGGCCAACGGCAUCACUGCGUCACCCCAACAGUGCCAGAAGUGCAAAUGCAACGGUCACGCCAAAAGCUGCCACUUCAGUCGAACACUGUGGCUAGCGUCCGGACGGCGCAGCGGAGGAGUGUGCGACGACUGCCGCCACAACACCGAAGGCCGCAACUGCCAGGAGUGUAGGAAGGGUUUCUUCAGAGACCCCAGUCUUCCCAAAACUGCCCCCGACUCCUGCAAGCCUUGUUCCUGCCACCCAGCAGGCUCCAUCCUCACAGGUGGCAUGGCCCUGUGUGACCCAGCCAGUGGGGAGUGCACCUGUAAACCUGGCGUCAGGGGCCCCCGCUGUGAGAGCUGCAGCGUGGGAUACUGGGGUCUCCAUGAAUAUGGCUGCCGUCCGUGUGACUGCACGGGGGACUGUGACUCUUACACCGGUGACUGCAUUUCUGGCUCCGAUGUGGAGGUCUUCUAUUCGGCACCCGGUCACAUGGGACGCCGCAGCAAUCAUAGUGGGACGACUCUGUUCAGGGCUGAGGAGCUUUUCUCUGCACUGCACCACUCCGAGAAAUGUGAAUGUGUGGAAGUCUCUCUGGGCAGUCCUAAACUCUUCUGUGCUGCUGAGUAUGAUUUUGUGCUGGUGGUCAUAGUCCACUCGGCGCACGACAAAGGCUCCCAUGCAGAGGUGGAGGUCAAGGUUCGGAAGGUUCUGUACCAAGCCCCUCAGGUGAAGAUCCAGAAGGGAAGUGUCAUUCUUUACCCAGAGUCCUGGACCGCCCAAGGUUGCACCUGCCCGGUCUUAAACCCAGGAUUGGAGUACGUGAUAGCGGGUCAUGAGGACUGGAGGACUGGUCGACUGAUGGUGAACACCAAGAGUCUUGUUGUGUCGUGGAAGUCGACUCUGGCGCGCAAACUGCUGCACAUUCUCAGAAAAGACUGCGGCCGCUGAGAUGCUUUGAAGCGGCCACGUGGGUAAAGACAAUCUUUUUUUUCACGCAGUAAUUUCCCCGUCUAAAGUGGUCCACGGCAGCGGCGACCGCAUUGAUGCUGUGGUGGAAAUAAGCACAAGCAGAUACCUCGAGGGUCACUGGGCGUUUAACAUCUCCAAAGCUAAUCAAACGCAGGAUGGCUGUGAUGAUAACUGAGCUUUCAUACUUCUUUCAUGUCUAUUUAUGUGCGUAAAGACAACAGCGUUCACGGCCUGGAUCGCGAUCUGGUUAGUGGUGAAUGCUGCCGUCAAGUCGGACGAGCCAAAGCAAUCGUCAAUCUGUUUUAUUGAGAGCUGUUUAGUUUUUGAAGUCUUUCAUGGACUGAAUCAUCGCCUGGCGCUAAAUCAUGAAGCAGUCAACAUCAGUGGGAGCACAUUCGCUUGAUGUCCUCAGCAGAAGUUGGGGGACAGAAAGGGUCAGAACAUGGAAGAAGUUCAAGUGUAAAAAAACAAAACAAAAACAUUAAGCCAAACAAACCCCAUCUGCCACUGCUUUUCGUCAACUGGCUUUUCUCUGACUGAACUGUAGUUUUAGUUAGGGCUGUAAAUAAUGAUAAUAAUGGACACCAGCUUUUGUGUGUAGAAACCACAAUGGACGGAGCAGGCAUGAAGCCUUCUAUUUGCAGGUUCCCUUGGGAGUAUUAGUGUGCUUCACAUGUAUAUGCUCUUUCAUCUUGUCCAUCCUAGUCUCUCCUAUUGAAAACCUGAGGGUCUUCAACUCGUCUUCCUGUCUUUGUGUCAGAGCUACUGUCUCUAUACUCCAUACUAUCUGUCCUAUAGAGCUUGUCCUUUACUCUACUGUAGCUGCCUCUCUGUCACAGAAGACACCACCUGAUUCAACCUGCCUGCACUUUCCUCUUCACCUCCAGCUCCACCUCCCCCUUUCACAACAAUUAUAACAGUUACAUUUUUUUUUAAAUUUUCUGCAGUUUACACUCUCUUUCAUACAUAGCAUGGAAAGUAGUCUAUCGGUGGUGAUACCUUUUUCAAGCUUUGAUAAUUUAUACUGUGUAUAUUUUGCUUGAAGAUAUUUUUGCAUGUAAAUAAAUGAAUGUGGAAAUCAGAAUGGAACAUAAGGUUUAGCUACAGCAAGUGAUGGUGUACGCCUGUUUUCUGUGUAAAAUCUGCCCAGCCAUUGUAAAGGUGUGCUAAUACUUAAAUAAAACAGAGCAA